AUGGUUACUUCCACGCGGAGCAGAGACACGGGCGCGAGCUUCGCAGCCCGGAGGGGGCACCUUCCACAAUUGUCGAUAAGCGACGAAAACCACCAUGUCACCGAAACCAUCGGCUACCUCUACGACGAUGACCCCGAGACCGAGUCCCGAUCUCACCCAACACACUCGCAUCAACAUGUGGAUUCCCAUGCCUCCGUUCCGGUGAAACGCGCGCAGAUGGAGGCGGAAGUAGGGUCUAGAGGAAGUUCGAUAUCGCGGAAGCAAUUGCCAUACCGAGAGGCUUCAACCGUUGAUGCUGUCGCACUAUCCAAUGGGGUCUCGGACGGUUCAUCUUCACAACACAGUUCGUGGGAUCGGAAUCCUACAUCGUCGGCACCAGCUCCUGAGUCUCACGAACGCUCUCCAUCCGAUACCGCCACCUCACAUUUCCCUCUCAAUAAUGUCGACUACGAAUCCAGUCCGGCAGGGUUGGCACAAGAGCUCAGUAAUUUACAAGCGUUGAGAAGGAUGUCAAUGAACGUUGGGGCCACCGAUGAUCCCGACCUACCACAACUCAAUGCGGCUGCGAUGCCGGAUGCCCCUUCGGCCAAUUCGAGCGAAGAUGAUGAGUCGCGGCUUUUCUGGGUGCCAGCUCGUCUCCACCCGGAACUGGCGCCCAAGGAGUUCAAGACAUUUCUCGAAGGAAAGGCGGAGCAAAUCCGGAGAAGAUCUGGCGAACUAUCAGCGUUCACGUCCUCGUCGUCCUCUAAAUCGAGUUCCUUGAGUCCCGAUAGUGGAAGUAGUAGCCUGCGUCGGAAAAAGUCGAUGCUGUCGCGCCAGAUUGACAGUUCGGUGGGAUAUCAAGACGGAGCUGAGCGAUUGGAGAGAAAGAAGUCAGAGUCCAGGAAGGUCGCUCCGCCCGACCCAAACCUGCUAGAGUUGGAAACGUUGGUUGCAAAUACGGCAGGUUUGUCAAAUGUGGCUCUGAACAAGCCGGAAGAGGAUGAAACGGGCGACAUCAUCUUGCCGUCCGUGCCCGGUUCCAGCUUGAAGAGGUCUACCCGGACCACAUACAGGCGAGGUGGUAGUGUCAAAGGGAGAGGACCAGAAAGAGAGACGUAUGCUCAACGGGCGGCCAGAAGGGCGGCGGCUGAGAGUCCCAGCAGCAGCAGACCAGAAUCACCGGAAACGACUCACUCUACGGUGCAUCCUAAUCCCAGCUUUGCGACGGUGGAUGUGUCCAACCAGGCACAAACAUUGAAGGAUCCAACCAGUUUGUCAACAUCGGGAAAGACGGCGGCCCCAAACUUUUCAAGACCUGCCGGCCGCGAAGUCUCUCCCCCACCGACUUCUACAAAAUUCGGUUCAUCUGUUGCGUCUACUGUCGAUUCGGUCUUGGCCAAUGACGAUCUUCCGAGGAGAACAAGUACGGCGAGUAUGCCUGAGAUGCGAAAACCUCUUCCGGUGUCCAAGUCCCCGCCGCCCACGACGACUCCCGUCGAGCGAAAACCUGUACCACAAAUCAUAGAAGUACCUCCGCCAGAGGAGCCGCAAGUGCCCCCUCAACCACCCCGAUCCUCAUCUAUGCAGUCACCAGGUUCUCCGGUUCAACGACCACCUGCCCGACAUCCCGAACGAGUGUCAUCCCGAGAUGACAGAAUAAAAUCAGGGUCUCCGCAAAGGCCACCGAUGCCUACCAAACAAUCCUUGCCGACCAUCGCCCCACGUGCAAUGUCUACGAAUAGCAUGCCACCAUCCUCACAACCCCCACAGAGCCUUGAGCAACCCUCACCACUGCCCGGAAACGACACCAACACCAGUAAUCUGUCAUUUAUCCCGACACUUACAGUCGACAAGCGGGCUGACAGCAAGAAGAAGGACGAUAGCAAGAAGUCUAGUUGGAGUUGGCUAUUGGGCAAAGAGGAUGGAGACAAGGAAAAGGUCGAAAAGCCCAAGGCCAAAAUCUCCAAGCCUCCUCAGCAACACGACAACACCAGACUGGACGUGCUGCAGACCUCCAUUGACGGAGUGGCCAAGGGACGUGAAAGUUUGGUCUUGGACCGGGACAGCGUCAAGCUUGAAGAGGAACGCAAGAAAGAAAGUCACCGGAAGUCGUCGGGGAGUGGCGAGUCCAAGAAGGAGAAGGAAGGAUUGUUUUCGUCCAUCUUUGGCGGAAAGAAAGCCAAAGCGGAAAAGGACAAGGAAAGCAGCUCGAAGAAACAACGUGAUCGUGGACUGUCACCUGAGCCGCCUUAUCGCGAAUUGAGACCGGACAUCGACUAUAACUGGACGCGGUUUUCCAUCUUGGAAGAAAGGGCCAUCUAUCGUAUGGCACAUAUCAAGCUUGCCAAUCCUCGCCGAGCACUAUAUUCGCAAGUGUUGUUGAGCAAUUUCAUGUAUAGUUAUCUCGCCAAGGUCCAGCAAAUGCACCCACAGAUGAACCUGCCCACGAGUGCAAAGCAGCAAAGGCAACAGCAACAAAAGGACCAACAGCCGGAUGAGUUUGUCCAAUACCAGCGGUAUCAACAGUGUCCGAAGCAGCAGCAGCAACAACAGCAGCAACAGCAAUCUCCUGGCAAUGAGCAACCGUACGGUUCUCAGCAGGACAAUAACAGCGAUAUGUCUGGCUACGACGGCGGCGGUCCAAGGCCCGGGUCAAGGGGUAGCAAAUACUCGGGAGAUGGCAAUGGGGCCGUAUACAGCGGAGGAGGAGGAGGAUACAAUAGGUAUCACCGCAACAAUCCCAAUCAACACCAACACCAACACCAACACCAACACCAACAACAGCAGCACCAACAACGGGGACUCUACGGGUCUCAACUGGACGAUGACGAUGAUGACGACGACAUGUGGUAA